AUGUCGGUCGUAUCUGUGCUCAGUUGGAUGAUCCUGCUGCUGCUGGUCCAGAGCUGCGGCUCGUCUUCGGACCCCGAAUCCAAACUCCAGCCGCCGCCGCUCUCUCUGACCGUCCAUCCUCAACACCAGCUGCCUCCGGACGCCGCCUCCAACUCCCACUGCCCCUCUUGUGCCCUGGCCAGGAUGCGAAGGAACGAGGCGACGGGGACGACGGCGGCGGCGGACGACUUGGCGGGACACGAGAAGGAGGAGGAGGAGGCGGCUCAGAUGGACGUGGUGGAGGCGGUGAAGAGACACAUCCUCAACAUGCUGCACCUCCAGGCCCGGCCCAACAUCACCCGGCCCGUGCCGCGCGCCGCGCUCCUCAACGCCCUGCGCAAGCUCCACGUGGGGCGGGUGGCGGAGGACGGCAGCGUGCAGAUCGAGGGGGAGGAGGAGGCGCGAGGAGGGCGGGGAGGAGGAGGAGGAGGAGGGGGAGGAGCAGCGGCGGCAGCACGGAUGGAAGACAGCAGCGACGCGCAGGAGACGACGGAGAUCAUCACCUUCGCCGAGGCUGGUGAGUCUCCGGGCCUGGUGAACUUCGUACUGUCUAAAGAAGGAGGUGAUCUGUCUCUGGUGGAGCAGGCGAACGUCUGGCUCUUCCUUCGUUUGGCGAAGACGAACCGCAGCCGAGCCAAAGUCGCCAUCCGUCUCUUCCAGCAGCGCCGGCUUCCCAACGGACACGCCUCCCCGCCGCAGGACGACCUCCUGCUGGCAGAGAAGACGGUGGACACCCGCCGCAGCGGCUGGCACACCUUCCCGGUGUCGGCGGCGGUCCAGACGCUGCUGCAGAGCACGGAGAGCACGACGCUGAGCCUGCGGGUGUCCUGCCCGCUCUGCGCCGACGCCGGCGCCACGCUCGUCCUUGUCUCCGGCGGCUCGGAGACGUCGCAGCGCAACAACCAGAGGGAACAAUCCCACCGGCCCUUCCUCAUGGCGGUGGUGCGGCAGGGCGACGGUAGCGACUCGCGGCGGCGCAGGAAGCGCGGGCUGGAGUGCGACGGGAAAGUCCGAGUCUGCUGCAAGCGGCAGUUCUACGUCAACUUCAAAGACAUCGGCUGGAACGACUGGAUAAUCGCACCGCCCGGUUACCAUGCCAACUACUGCGAGGGCGAGUGCCCCUCCCACGUGGCGAGUAUCGCCGGGUCCACGUUGUCCUUCCACUCCACCGUCAUCAGCCACUACCGCAUGAGGGGCUACAGUCCCUUCCAGAACCUGCGGUCGUGCUGCGUGCCCACCCGGCUACGCGCCAUGUCCAUGCUCUACUACAACGAGGAGCAGAAGAUCAUCAAGAAGGACAUCCAGAACAUGAUCGUGGAGGAGUGCGGCUGCUCGUAA